AUGGAUUCCAACGGUGAUUGGUGUGGAACGAUCGUGUUGAAGGAGAGCUUUUUCAGCAGCGUAGGCGAUAUUCUGGAGUUUGCCGCCAUAUCCGAUGCUCGCGACUUCUCGAUGGAAGAGCUGGACACUUGGAACUACUACGUCCCUGAAGACCGUGAGGUCUCCGAGUGGCAGCUUUACUACGCGCUCUUCAUUGUCUGGAAUAGGGAGCAUACCGUGGCGGAGCGGGUUGGGCUGGCGAAGAUAUACAAGAGGGCUUAUGACGUGGCUUCCUUUGACCCGGGUAAGGCGUGGAGGGAGAUAAUUCUUGAGUAG